AUGGGGGUCGGCGGGUGCUUAGUCGUGCCCUGGAGGUGCCUCGUCGUCCUCUGUCUCAGGCUGCUCUUCCUUGUGCCCGCAGGAGUGCCCGUGCGCAGCGGAGAUGCCACCUUCCCCAAAGCUAUGGACAACGUGACCGUCAGACAAGGGGAGAGUGCCACCCUCAGGUGCUCCGUGGAUAACAGAGUCACCCGAGUGGCCUGGCUGAAUCGCAGUAGCAUCCUCUACGCUGGCAAUGACAAGUGGUGUUUGGACCCCCGGGUGGUGCUCAUGUCCAACACCAAAACCGAGUACAGCAUCCAGAUCCGGGAUGUGGACGUGUAUGACGAGGGGCCCUACACCUGCUCCGUGCAGACAGACAAUCACCCCAAAACGUCACGGGUGCAUCUCAUCGUGCAAGUGUCUCCCAAAAUUGUUGAGAUCUCUUCCGAUAUCUCCAUCAACGAAGGCGGCAACAUCAGCCUCACCUGUAUAGCCACGGGCAGACCGGAUCCUACAAUCACCUGGAGGCACAUCUCCCCCAAAGUUGUGGGUUUCGUGAGCGAAGACGAAUACCUGGAGAUCACGGGGAUCACCCGGGAGCAGUCUGGCGAGUACGAGUGCAGCGCGUCCAAUGACGUGGCAGCUCCCGUCGUCCGGAGAGUGAAAGUCACCGUGAACUACCCGCCGUACAUCUCGGACGCCAAGAGCACCGGGGUGCCCGUGGGGCAGAAGGGCAUUCUUCAGUGCGAAGCCUCCGCCGUCCCCGCCGCAGAAUUCCAGUGGUACAAAGAUGACAAAAGGCUGGUAGAAGGACAGAAAGGGGUGAAAGUUGAAAGCAAAGCCUUCUUCUCCAGACUGACCUUCUUCAACGUCUCCGAGCAGGACUACGGGAACUACACCUGCGUGGCCUCCAACAAGCUAGGAAAUACCAACGUCAGCAUCAUCCUGUACGAAAUAAGUGAGCCCACAAGCUCAACCUUGUUCCAAGAAGAGACAACUACAGCCCUGACACCCUGGAAAGGCCCCGGAGCAGUGCAUGAUGGGAACAACGGCACAUCAAGAAGAGCUGGCUGCAUUGGGCUGCUUCCCCUCCUGCUGUUGCAUCUGCUUCUCAAGUUUUGA